CUGUGCAGCGGCGGAGCAGAGAGGGAGGGCGCCGACUUUCUCUUGGAGACGGAGCGGUUGGUAUGAUGGAGCCUGAGGUCCCGCUGAGAGUGUUGGAGCUGUACAGCGGCAUCGGGGGCAUGCACUACGCGCUGAAAGAAAGUUGCAUUGCUGCAAAAGUUGUCGCUGCGGUUGAUAUCAAUACUGUCGCUAAUGAAGUUUACAAGCGCAACUUUCCAUAUACCUACCUCUGUGCCAAGACAAUUGAAGGUAUGACAUUGGAUGAAUUCAAUAAAUUGGACUUUGACAUGAUCCUAAUGAGUCCUCCUUGUCAGCCAUUCACAAGCAGAGUAGGUUCACAGAAAGAUGUGUUGGAUCCCAGGACCAAAAGCUUUUUGUACAUCCUUGACAUACUUCCAAGGCUUUCAAAAACUCCUAAAUAUAUUCUUCUGGAAAACGUCAAAGGAUUUGAAACAUCUGUUGCUAGAGAUAAAUUGAUACAAACACUGGAGAGCUGCAGAUACACUUACCAGGCAUUCCUACUAUCACCAACUUUGUUAGGCAUACCAAACUCAAGGCUGCGAUAUUUUCUCCUUGCGAAACUCCAACCUGAUACUUUCUGCUUUCAAAUAUAUCAUCAGAUACUAAAACAUUUCCCAGACCAUGACGAUACAGAUUUGAAAUCAACAGAUGGUUCUAGACUUAACCAGAUAUUAUCCACUGAAGGCAACAAAAAGGAACAGAUUAGCUCUGAAUAUUGUGCUGAGAAUGGCAAAAGCCAAGCAAAUGUGAAUCUCCUUUACAAAUUAGAGACUCCAGAACACCAGAAACAGAAGCAGAUCCAGAACAAUAACUUGUCGAUCCAGAUGAUCCAGGACUUUUUGGAAGAGGGAUUGCAGGAUCCGAGCCCAUACUUCAUACCCCCAAAGCUCUUACUGCGUUAUGCUUUGAUACUAGACAUAGUUGGGCGAACUUGUAGGAGAUCGGUGUGUUUCACUAAAGGGUAUGGCCAUUAUGUUGAAGGUACGGGUUCAGUAUUGAAAACUGCAUCAGAUGUGGAGCUUUCCGUGGUGUUCCAGUCAUUUGAUGCAUUGUCAGAGGAUGAAAAGUUGACCCAGCUGUCAAAAUUAAAACUGCGGUAUUUCACACCUAGGGAAAUAGCAAAUCUUCAUGGAUUUCCUCCAGAAUUUAGUUUUCCUGAGAAAAUUUCACUGAGACAAAGUUACCGUCUGCUAGGAAACAGCCUCAAUAUCCAUGUGGUAGCCAAGCUCAUUCAGUUGAUGGUUGAAUGAUGUUGAAAACAUGUAGUUUUAUGACUUAUUGUAUGUAAAUAUGUACACCUGGAAAUGUUUAUUUUACUGAAUAAAUCAAUGCCAAACAGAUAGUGUGAAGUAAUGUGUUGCAUGAUACGUCUCAGAAUUGAUCAUUUUUAAUACUGUUGAUACCUUGAAACAGUUCUUUCACAUACAGCUACACAGAAAUUUGCCCUUCCAAGAUUGCUUAACCAGUAUUGCCUCCAGUUCAAGUUGAAUUGGUUGCUUUUUCGUUGGAUUUUGUGACAUAAGACUCUUAUUCAGCUCCCUAACAGCAUUGUGGAUGCACCUACACCGCCAGAUGGAUUGUACUGGUUCAAGAAGGUGGCUCACCACCACCUUUUCAAGGGAAAUUAGGGAUGAAUAACAAAUCCUCACCUUGCCAGUGACACUCACAUCCCAUGAAAGAAUGGAACAAAAAUGUAAUGUGAACAAAUUUUAAAUAAUUCUUGGAUGUAUAUCUUAAAUGUUUUCUCUAACAGAUUUUUAAACUGUAUGGUAAAUUCACAGACUGAUGACAGAAACAAAUUGUACCUUAAUAGAAUAAAAUAAAAGGUUUUAUACAUA